UGCACUCGUUCUUAAAAAAAAAUGCCACCCAAAAUUCCAGAUAUCAACAAAGUUCGAAAACUCAUUCCACCGCUUUCGGGUGAAUUGCAUAAAGGACAAGCUGGUCGCGUUGGUGUUGUCGGAGGCUCCGAAGACUAUACGGGAGCUCCGUUUUUCAGUGGCCUUGCUUCCAUGAAAAUGGGCGCGGAUCUUUGCCACAUUUUCUGUGAGCCAGGUGCUGGUACAGUAAUUAAGUCUUAUGCGCCUGACUUGAUUGUUCAUCCUUACAUGCGAACCAAGGACAAAUUGGAGAAGGAAAAGAUGGACGCUGGCAGUAUUGUUGAGAGAAUCUCGGGCGUACUCUCCCGACUUCACGUUCUUGUGGUCGGCCCCGGCUUAUCGAGAGACGAAGCGAUGCAGGAUACUGCGAAAGCGCUAAUUAUGAAAGCUCGCGAACAAAAUAUGGCGGUCGUUAUUGAUGCUGAUGGACUUUUCCUCGUACAAAAUCAUCCAGAAACCGUAAAGGACUACACAAAGGCUGUGCUCACACCGAAUGUUGUUGAAUUCAAGCGUCUCUGCGAGCGCAUGAAAGUGGAUGACAGCAAAGAGAAAGAUACAGUGGCACAGCAGCUAAGCCAAGCUCUCGGUGGUGUCACCAUCGUUCAGAAAGGAGCUGUAGAUAUCAUCUCGAACGGCAAACAAGUGCUCAAAUGUGAAACGGAAGGAGGAUUGCGCCGAGUCGGUGGUCAAGGCGAUAUUCUUUCUGGCACAAUUGCGACCUUCCUGGCUUGGGGAAAAGCUUACGAAGACGGUGUUUGGAAGCACGGUAAUGAGGUUGAUAAAGACGAUGUCGCUCUGUACGCUACAUGGGGCGCUUGCAGCAUUGUGAGAGAUACCUCGAGAAGAGCUUUCCAGAAACAUCGUCGAGCGAUGCUGACACACGAUAUGCUCACCGAACUGGGAGCAAGCUACGAACAAUUCGCUGCAGGUAAGACUUUUGGUUGACUCUUUGUGAGUAAACGCAUUAUAGUGAACAAAUCGUCGUGUUUAGGUGCGGAUGAUGCAAGUAAAAUGUAAUUCUUGACAAAAUAAAGCGUUUUACUGUGUCUAUCGAUUGAAUCAUUCGAGUGAGGUAUACAUCCAGUCAGUACCCCCGUAUCCAUUGCAAUCGAUGAACAGGUACCAAAAAAAUGAUAAAACCUGUCUCGAUAUAUCAUAAACGUCGUGCUUUGUAUCUGGCGCGUAAAAUGGCCGCCCUGAGCUUAAAGCGCAGAUGAAACUCAUAGCUAGGUGCUUCAUUUUCCCUUUUCAG